GUUAAAUAGGAGCAGUCACGAAGUCGAUGGUGUUAGUGCUUUUUGGAAGCUUUUUAUCUUGAUGGUUGUACGUGCAUCUUUAUGAAUUUUUGAAUUCGUUUGAAUAUUUCGUACGUUUCCAAAGGGAGAUAACAUUACAUUUUGCGUAUUGUUCACGAAUGAUAUCUUAAUAUACAUUCUCCGCGUAAAUUAAUAGCUAUAUCAGGUUUCUCGGAUCUGUGAAGUGACAUAGUUAUUUACGAGUUGUUGUGUUGGUGAAAUGUUGUCUCAACUUCCUGUACAUGGCGAAGACUCGUGAGCGUCGUCAGUCGUGUUGAAUAGUCAAACGUUAGUGUUCAAACGGUGUUUUAUCCUUUUUACAAGGAUUCUCUUGUCAAAUUGAUAAAUUCAUAUCAUCUGAAUUAAUUAUAUUGUGCCAGUUCUGUGUGAAAAUGAUGAACAUGGAAACAGAUGAAAUUAUCGAAGACACAAACACGAAUCUUCAGUAUCCAAUAACGAUACUUUAUGAUCCUACACGCAAGAAAGAAUUGCCAUCUGGAUUAUCGGCACAAUAUAGACAAGAAAAAGAAACUUGUAUGAAACUUUUUGAGAAGUGGAGUGAACCAGAACAAGUUAACUUCGUUGAACAAUUGUUAACAAGGAUGUGUCACUAUCAACAUGGUCACAUCAAUGCAUAUCUGAAACCAAUGUUGCAGAGAGAUUUUAUUUCUCUAUUACCAAAAAAAGGAUUGGAUCAUGUGGCAGAAACUAUUCUUUCCUAUCUUGAUGCUGAUUCACUAAUUGCUGCCGAACUAGUAUGUAAAGAAUGGCUCAGAGUAAUUAGCGAAGGAAUGCUUUGGAAGAAAUUAAUUGAAUGUAAAGUUCGGACUGAUACAAUAUGGAGAGGUCUUGCAGAAAGGAGAGGAUGGUUAUAUUUAUUCAAACCAAGACCAGGAGAAAGCCAUCCAAAUCAUAAUUUCUAUAGAUCUCUUUAUCCCAAAAUAGUUAAAGAUAUUGAUAGUAUAGAUAACAAUUGGAGAAUGGGAAGAUUUAAUCUUCAAAGAAUAAAUUGUAGAAGUGAAAAUUCGAAAGGUGUUUACUGUUUACAAUAUGAUGACCAAAAAAUUGUCUCUGGUCUUAGAGACAAUACAAUUAAAAUUUGGGACAGAAGUACAUUGCAGUGCAUUAAAGUCUUAACAGGACACACUGGUUCUGUUUUAUGUUUACAGUAUGAUGAUAAAGCAAUAAUAUCUGGUUCCUCUGAUAGCACUGUGAGAGUUUGGGAUGCUAAUACUGGCGAAAUGGUUAAUACAUUGAUACAUCAUUGUGAAGCAGUCCUACAUCUUAGAUUUAAUAAUGGCAUGAUGGUCACUUGUUCAAAGGAUCGUUCAAUUGCUGUAUGGGAUAUGACAUCACAAACGGAAAUUGCAUUAAGAAGAGUAUUAGUGGGGCAUAGGGCAGCAGUAAAUGUUGUUGAUUUUGAUGAAAAAUAUAUCGUUUCUGCUAGUGGUGAUAGGACUAUUAAAGUAUGGAAAACAUCUACUUGCGAAUUUGUGCGAACAUUAAAUGGACACAAGCGGGGUAUAGCGUGUUUGCAAUAUAAGGACUGCUUAGUAGUUAGUGGCAGCAGUGAUAAUACAAUCAGAUUAUGGGAUAUUGAAUGUGGUGCGUGCUUACGCGUUCUAGAAGGACACGACGAAUUAGUCAGAUGUAUUAGAUUUGAUAGCAAGCACAUAGUUAGUGGAGCUUAUGAUGGGAACAUACAGGUCGUGUAUUUCGUCUUCAGUUCGAUGAGUUCCAAAUAGUAUCGUCAUCGCAUGAUGAUACAAUAUUAAUAUGGGAUUUUCUAAACUUUAAUCCAUCAAAUGGAUCUGUAUCUUGUGGGCCUGCAACAAUAAAUGCAUCAGGUGUGAAUCAAUCUGAUACUAGAUCUCCAUCUCACAAGUGAUUAGUGAAUGAGUUCAAUGUGUUCACGGUAGUGUACGCAGAAAAUGAAGAAUCAGUGUUCAGUGUGAACAGCGCCUAGAAAAAAACAGAAUCUCAGAAAUACACACGGUCAUUGAUUUUUGUUUAUUGUUUGCUGUGAAAAGCAAAAGUAAUUCUCUAAAAUAGGAUGUAUAUGGGGUGAUACGAAUUAAUUUAUAUGCGCUUGACGCACUGCGUUUAGUAACGAACAGUAUAAUUAAAAUCGCAUAAAUACAUCCCAUGGAUGUAAACAAUUCUUUGCUUUGGCCAUAUUUGGAAUUCUUCUACGCUCUAUGACAUGAUAGAAGUUGACCACUUUCCUACUACUAUGAAAAAAAGACUUACGAUACGUAAAGAAAAUGAAAACGUUUUUAGGCUGGAUACACUUAAUAAGAUGUUAGCUGUAUUAUAGUAAAUUAAUAAUUUUUUUUAAAUGUAAUUAAUUUAUAGUAAGGAGAUUGUAAAAUGCCGUUUGAUUGGAGUACUUAUCUGGUGUGAAUGUGGAUAUUCAAGUCUUGAUAUGUGGAAAGAUUAUUAUACCUAUCAUAUUUCAUUAUCUUCUAAAUCUAGCUAAUGUGAAUUUACUAUACCCAUGUUUAGUAUUAUAGAUGUACAGCCGUUAAUCGAAAACAUAGUAGUUUCCAUGGACAUUAAUUUUAUGAAAUUUAUAUUAUAUAUUGAAAAGUAAAUGGAAAGUAAAUAAUCUCUACACAGUCAUUGAUAAAAUAUCGUUUGCAUUUAAAAUAUAAAGUUUUGUUGUACCGAGCUGUAAAUAUUGAUUCGUAAAGCAGCAGUAUAAUGACUCUGAGGUAAUCUUAACUGUUGUGAAAGAAUUAUUGUGUUUUGACUAAUGAUCUCGGAUGUUUCAAUUUUUGUUUAAGCUACAUCACACCGUUUCAAUUAUAAAUUAUAAGUGUGCUGAAAAAUAUUAUAUGAGUUAAAAUAUAAUUCUCAUUUUCUAGAUUUUAUAAAUGCUACCAAGGACAUUAUUUUUAUUCCUACGUUAGUAGUAGUAACAAAAAUAUGUUUAUUUAUUGGUAUACUGAACAAUAGAAUAAACAUGAUAUCUUCUCAAAAUUGUCACAAAAUAGUAAUAUAUAUAUAUAAAUAUAUAUA